GUAGUAACCCGGAAGCACUCCAAGUGUUUUAACCAGUCACAACCAUUCAUUCAGCUCGAGCUCGUCGCGCAGUGACAGGUAGAGCCAGUUGAAUUCCCUCCUCUUCCCCUCCCCAGCAUGGCUGCAGACUCGAUGGAGAUUGACGACUCUCUUUACAGCCGCCAGCGAUAUGUGCUGGGAGACAGCGCUAUGCACCAGAUGGCCCAGUCCUCAGUCUUUCUCAGUGGAAUGGGAGGACUGGGAAUUGAGAUAGCAAAGAAUAUUGUCCUGGCUGGUGUGAAGGCAGUCACCCUUCAUGACAUAAAGCAGUGUGAAACCUGGGAUCUCGGCUCCAACUUCUUUAUCCGCAAAGAGGAUGUGUUGAGCCAGAGGAGAAGGGUGGAGGCAGUGUGCCCUCGGGUCGCGGAGCUGAACCCGUAUGUCCAUGUCGACAUGUCUUCCUCUGCUCUGGACGACAACACUGAUCUCAGCUUUCUCGUAAAGUAUCAGUGUGUGGUUCUGACUGAAGCCAGAUUGAGCCUCCAGAAGAGAGUGAAUGAGUUCUGCCACUCACAACGACCUCCCAUUAGAUUCAUUGGCUGUGAUGCAUAUGGCAUCUGUGUGCGGGUGUUUUGCGAUUUCGGAGACGAGUUUGAGGUGUCCGAUCCCACAGGAGAGGAGCCCAAGGAGAUUUUCAUCCAAAGUAUCACUCAGGACAAUCCUGGGGUGGUAACCUGCAUGGACAACCAACCACACGGCCUGCAGACAGGCCAGAGUGUUGUAUUCAGAGAGGUCAAUGGCAUGGUGGAAGUCAACGGCACCUCACGGCCGGUUUCAGUCCUUUCCCCUCACAGUUUUGCAAUAGGAGACACAUCCCAACUACAACCAUAUGCACACGGAGGUUUCUUUGUUCUGGUGAAAACCCCAAAGACAUACAGAUUUGAGACGAUAGAGCAACAGUUGUGUGACCCUCAGGUCCUGACUCCAGACUUGAGUAAACCAGAGGCCCCACUACAGAUCCAUGCAGCCAUGUUGGCUUUGGACGCCUUUCAGGAGCAGAACAGUAAACUUCCCAACACUGGGUGUUUACAGGAUGCUGAGGUUUUACUGAAGCUAACCGAGGAAGUGAAUGCAACUCUCAGGAACAAAGCUUCUGUGAACACUGAGUUGGUGCGCUGUCUGUCGAGAACAGCGAGGGGAAAUCUUCCUCCGUUAGCAGCAGCUGUCGGAGGUCUAGCCAGCCAGGAAGUUCUUAAGGCCAUCACAGGGAAGUUUGCGCCACUGCAGCAAUGGUUUUAUCUUGAUGCCAUCGAGGUAGUCAGGCCACUUCAGUCUGUUUCUCCUGAGGAGUUUUUCCCAAGGGGCGAUCGGUAUGACGGAUUACGAGCUUGCAUUGGCGAUUCAAUGUGUCUAGAACUGCACAAGCUCAGGGUGUUCAUGGUGGGCUGUGGUGCCAUAGGCUGUGAAAUGCUGAAAAACUUUGCCCUGCUUGGGGUGGGAUUGGCCAACAGCUCAGGAGAGGUGUGCAUCACAGACCCAGACCUUAUAGAAAAGUCCAACCUCAAUCGGCAGUUUCUCUUCAGACCACAUCAUAUACAGAAACCGAAGAGUACCACAGCAGCAGAAGCCACUCGCGAUAUCAACCCAGACAUGCAGGUGGAUGCUCACCUCAACAAGGUGUGUCCUGCUACUGAGAGCAUCUACAGCGACUCCUUCUACUGCCGCCUGAACCUAGUGGUCACCGCGCUGGACAACGUGGAGGCUCGGAGAUAUGUAGACAGCCGCUGUUUAUCCAAUCAGAAAGCUCUUCUGGACUCUGGCACCAUGGGAACGAAAGGACACACAGAAAUCAUUGUGCCAAAUUUGACAGAGUCCUACAAUAGCCAUAGGGACCCCCCAGAAGAGGAGAUCCCAUUCUGCACUCUCAAGUCUUUCCCUUCUGUCAUAGAGCACACCAUUCAAUGGGCCAGAGACAAGUUUGAGAACCUGUUUGCCCACAAGCCCUCUAUUUACAACUCGUUCUGGCAGACCCACUCCUCGCCUGAAGUGGUGCUACAGAGGAUGCAGGCGGGGGAAAGUCUGGAGGGGUCGUUCCAGGUCAUUAAACUGCUAAGCAAACGGCCUAGCCAGUGGGAGCAGUGCAUCACCAUUGCCCGUCUGAAAUUCGAAAAGUAUUUCAAGAGAAAGGCCCUACAACUGUUGCACGCUUUCCCCCUGGACACAAGGUUAAAAGAUGGAAGUUUGUUUUGGCAGUCCCCAAAAAGACCUCCAGCACCUUCUGAUUUUGACUUGAAAGACUCUUUGCACUUCUCGUUCAUUGUCAGCACUGCCCGGCUCUUCGCAGGGAUUUAUAACAUCCCUUACUCAGAAAAGGAUCUCUCUGAAGAGGCGGUGACCAGGGUUCUCUCAGAUGUCAGGAUUCCCGAGUACAGGCCCUCACAGAAAAGUAUAGAGACAGAUGAGGCAGCAAGGAAGCCUGAUUCAGCGAAGAUGCCUCUAAGCAGUGAAGAGGAGAGGGAGGCCAUCUCACAGCUGGAGGAGGCCAUCGCUACGGACAGUGCCACAGCAGAGAGGUUACAAGUGAGUCCGCUCCAGUUUGAAAAGGACGAUGACAGCAACGCCCACAUGGACUUUGUCACAUCAGCAUCUUCUCUCAGAGCCAGGAUGUACUCCAUCGAGCCAGCCGACAGACUCAAGACGAAACGAAUCGCUGGCAAGAUCAUCCCUGCUAUCGCCACGGCAACAGCUGCUGUGGCUGGACUGGUGGCCCUGGAGUUGGUCAAGGUGGUUGGAGGCUACGAAUUUGAAUCUUUCAAAAACUGCUUCUUUAACUUGGCCAUCCCUGUAGUGGUGCUCACCGAGCCGGCCCCGGUCAAACAGUCACUCAUCAGGAACGACAUUUACUUCUCCAUCUGGGACUGUUGGACUAUCUGUGGUCACGAGGACUUCACUCUUUCUGACUUCAUGAAUGCAGUGAGGGAAAAGUAUGGAAUUGAACCCACAAUGGUCGUCCAUGGAGUGAAGAUGCUCUAUGUGCCUGUGAUGCCUGGACACUCAAAGAGACUCAAACUAACGAUGCAGAAGCUGAUCAAGCCAUCAGUGGACCGCCGCUACGUCGACCUCACCGUGUCAUUCGCUCCGGAAGCAGACGGAGACGAAGACCUGCCCGGUCCUCCCGUCAGGUACUUCUUCGGCCGCAACGGAGAGACACCCUGACACCUUCCUAGAUGUCGUCCUCAAACCUCUUGUGUCCUUACUUCCCUUCUUUCAUGUAAAUUGUUGUACCCCAAUAACCUGGGCCAUGGCCGAGAGCUUUCCUUCAGGAUGACAGCUCCUGGCCCCAACACCAGCCCCCCCUGUACGUAACGGAGCAAGAGAAGGCCUGUCGUGGUCUCGAUCUUUCUUGCCCCAGAUCUAGCCAACACAAGGCUGCUUGAGUAGCACUUAACUGUACCUGUGUACAUAUAUUUUCUCUGUUCUGUUUUCUACUCUGGUGAAAUGCACAGCUCCGCCUGUGUCGAUGCCUUAAUUGAUUAAUAACCUUUUUCUGUUUGUGGCAGUGAGUCUGACUAAAAAACGAUGUUUACAGAAAGCUGCAUACUCUCAAAACACAACCCCAUCGGUCUCAUUUCUGUUGUAAGUCUGCUAGGCCCUAAAAGGGGGGCAGUGGUAGGACUGUUGAAGUGGAUUUGUAGUUGGUAGGCAUCACAUCUUCUUCCUCAGAGUCCUCUCAUUGGCUUUUAAAUUAUUGCCAACCACAGAAUUUGACCGACGUUGGUCAUCUCCCUUUAUAGAAACAGGUCCAGCCAAUAUUUGUUGUAUAAUUUAGAGGUGCAAAAGGUCAGUGGACAACGGCAAAAUCACCUAAGAUGCUGAUUAUCAUUGUGUCUGCAGAUGAUUGUUCUCUUUUAUGAUCACUUUGACUGCCUCAUAAAAAACACAUUUAUAACACAGAGGAUGAGUAUUAACCCAAACAUUAUAGAGCAACACAAUGGCAGCAUCUAGACGUGCUUCAUCACAGGUUAAUGCACGUCAAUUCUUUGGGAUGUCACCGUCCUGUUGACGAGCGCCAACGCUUCAGAAAAGCAGCAAUUUUAUCACAUUGCUCCCCAGUUAACUGAAGUGCAUCAAAUAACGCAGCAGAUGUGCAUUACGCUUAACUUUUUGGGUAAAUCACCCACUAAAAGUAGCUGUGAGUCUUGCUUAUCAUGUUAAAUACUUAGGUAAUGACAGCAUUGACAUCAGUUAAACACAUUUGGGUAAACAAUAUGUUCUUCAUUGUAUUAAGUAAUGGCAUGAGUUCAGUGGCUGUUUCACACACAGAAAAAGCCAGACAUGAAACAUCUGUACCACCAUCUGGAAUCACACUCCUACUGUUUGUUUUUUUCUAACAAAAUCUGUGCUGUUCACAAUUUAUUUGUUGCAUUUGUUUAUGGAUGUGUGUCCAUGACAUGUAUUUAUUUACUUGUUACUCAUUUUGCCACUUUUUUGUGUCAAACUGAGCCCGUGUUGAUGAGCUCUGUGGAGUCAUGGUGCACUGGUUAAUUGUGAAUCAACAAUGAACAAAAGUCAUCCUAAAAGUACAUCAUCCUUCUAUUUAGGUUCAGUUGAAGGUUGUGAAAGGGGUCUUGGCUUAAAUUGGCAAUAAAGUCGAUGUAGUUUUGAAUUGAAUCAUUUAAAAAUAUUUCGUUUUGAGGUUAUUGAGAUCCACCUGAAGAUACUAACAGGUUAUCGUUUGUGUCAAUUAAGACUAAAGUCACACAAAAUGCAUCCUCGACCACGUUUUAUUUUUCUCCCCAUAAUCAGAGGUGGUGAAUUUCGCUUUGCACAGAAAAUGUCAUAUCAUAUUGACAACACUUCUUGUGCAGUGAAUGUCAUAAGUGUAAAACAAAACAGUGUUAAUGUGUGACCAUGAUAAUGAUAUAUGUUCCUGUGACAGACAACUCAACCAACGGUCCAAUAAAAUGUGAGAUUUCAGGAUGUCCUCAAGACUAAA